AUGGGGAAGAUCAUCUUCUAUGAAGACAAGAACUUCCAGGGAAGUUCCUACGAGUGCAGCAGUGACUGCGCUGACCUUCACUCUCAUUUCAGUCGCUGUAACUCUAUUCGGGUUGAAAGUGGAAACUGGAUGGUAUAUGAGCGGCCACACUUUAUGGGUUACCAGUACUUUCUGCGCCAGGGCGAGUAUGCUGACUACCAACGAUGGAUGGGUUUUAAUGAUUGUGUCAGAUCCUGUCGAAUGAUACCCCAACACCAGGGAUCCUACAAAAUGAUGAUCUAUGAACGUUCAAACUUUGGUGGUCAGAUGAUGGAGUUCACUGACGACUGUCCAUCCCUUUAUGACCACUUCCAUUACAACGAUAUCCAUUCUUGUAAUGUUCAAGAUGGAUACUGGAUCUUUUAUGAGCACCCUAAUUACAGAGGCAGACAAUAUCUCCUGAGACCUGGCGAAUACAGAAGGUACAAUGACUGGGGUGCCAUGAGCUCAAGAGUUGGUUCUUUUAGACGUAUUACCUUCUAA